AUGGCCACGGGUCUGGCCCCGUUGGAAGACGAUGAUGGUGCGCGAGUAUCGACUCCGGCUGGGUCGCCGCGCGUGACGCCCCCGACCGACCGUCCAGAGACGCGGUCACCGUUGAAAAGACCGACGCUGGCAUCGGAGGCAGACCUGGCCUUAGUGCCUACGUCUCCCCUGGCCAGAACCGUCCAAGAGCGGUACGGGGAUAUGGGGUGGCGAAAACCCAAAGAAACGUCCGGUACCCUCAACCGCGUGUACUUGUAUCGGUUUGACAGCAUCGAGUCCAACAUGCGACUCCUCGCGGACAUUGCGUUUUAUCGGGAACGCCUACCUGGAACGGUCCCGGAGGACAUCCUGGAGGCCUAUGAAGAAUUCACUCGGGGCAGUGAAGUGCAAAAACUAGCGGUGUCCCUACUGUUUGCAUUUCAAGCCAUCGAGGACUGGGCUCGCUUACUGGGUGUACAGGAUUCCCAGUUGGUAGAGAUGGCCGAUGGAUUGCCACGGGCCGCGGAAACCGAUGAAAGUCACCGUCAGGAUGAGUUCCAGAAGGUCCUGACCUACCUCCGGGACAGCUAUACUCGGGGGGUGGAAGUUGCCCGGGCUCAGGUAACCAACGAAGCGAACGAGACUCUGCACCGGGAAGCGGAAAAGAAUUCUCUCUCCUGGGAGGACCGGGCCCGGGAACUUGAACGACAACUGGCUCUGAAAUGCGAACAACGUGAAGGCCUCCUGGUCCAGAAGUAUGCGGAACGAGUUCUCGAAGUGCGCCGCAAGGAGGACCGUCUGCGUCAAGGCGGCCUCAUCUCCAGUCUCCGGGAAAAACUCCGGACCUUCAAGCGGAACCAUCAAGAGGAAAUCCUUCUAGUACGGGAAGCUACCCGUGACGAGGACAACUCGAAGGGGGUUGCCAAUGACCUACUCCAGUCCCAGUACGACCAGAACCUGGCUUCGGCCCAGGACGAGGCCCGGUCGAAGGCAUUGGGAUUCGAGUCAAAGGAAAAGCAGGACCUACGGGAACGGGAACGAAUUCUGGAGGAGGAAGUACAGCGACGCCAAAGGAUGGAACGAGUCUCGGAAGAAGAGCAACAACGCCUUCUGCGGAGCGAAGAGACGGUCUGGGAGCUCCAGGAGUCUAUCCUGACCGAACAGAAUCGGGAACGGUCGGUUCAGUACCUCACCCUGAGCCAGGCGUAUGCGGAGUUGGAACGCCAGUGGGUCCAGCUACAAGUGGAAGAAAAAGCUGUGGAACUCCAACAAACGACGCCCCGGAAGACGAACAAUGCCCCGUACGCGACAUAUGGGAUCCCGACUCUGUCUCGGAUGGGGUCCCUGUCUAAAUGA